AUGAUUUUUUUACUGAUUCAUAUUUUUAUUCUUGUAGUUUGUGAAGGUUAGAAAUUGAAUUUUCGAGAAAGUUAGAAAUUUUAAUAUUCACAUUUUGCAGCGCAAGAAAAUUUGCCAGUAAUUGGAGAAUCAUAUAUUCGUUUGCCACCAUUAUUAGGAUCUGAUUCAUUAGCAUGUUUUUCAACGGACACCUGGUUGACAACACCAACCGGCAAAAAACGUAUGGAUCAAAUUGCUGUUGGAGAUGAGAUUUUGACCUCAAAUGCCACUACGGUAAGUCCCUGAAAUACAUUUGAUUAUUUUGAAUGAGAUUGAAAAUUGUGAGUUUUUCUAUGACACAUCAAAGAAGAACCCGCUUGUUCGCAAAAUUAGUCAUAGAGGUUUUGUUCAAUGAGUUGGUUGUGUAUAAAAGUGAUGGAAUGCUGAGAACAUUCUAUACAUGAUUUGUCUAAAGAUUUCUUCUGAAAAAUUCACAAAAUUUAAUGAUGAUCUAUAGUAAAUCUAUAGUGUCCAUUUUUCAAUUUUAACCCGGAACCAUUUUCACUAAAUUUUUUUUUGAAGAAAUUAAUUCAAUGAACUCAAUAUUUCCUACGAAAUCUUUAAUAUCAAUCAUACUUUUCUGCUAUCAAGAAAAACAAUUGUGUUUUGAUGAUAAUUGAAAAAGUGUUAUUCAAAAGUUUGUGUUUUCUGUUCCUAUCAAAAACCACAUAAAAACUUUUAAAAAUCAAAAAAAAUUAUUAGGGAGCAAAAGAAAAACCCAAUACAUAAAAAAAAUUAACAGACCUUCUACACACCAAUAAUAAUGUGGAUGCAUCGAGAGCCAGAAGAUCGCUACAAAUUCCACACCGUAAUGACAGAAUAUGGAAAAAUGUUGGCUCUCACCGCAAAACAUUUAAUCUACCGUAAUGAAUGUGAUGAUAGUUAUAGCGAUUAUGUCAAAACUGUUCCGAAACAUCGAAAUAUUGUGUAUGCGGAAAAUUUGAAAAUUGGAGAUUGUUUAGUGUUACUUUAUAAGGUGAGCAGAUAAAGAAAAAACGGCCAAGUUAUAAAACUUCGAAGUUUUCAAUUUUGUUUCGAAAAAUUUAGUUAACAUUUUUAAAUUCAAAAUUUCCAGGGAAAAUGGCGUCAACAACGAAUUAAACAAAUCACAAUCACUGAACGAAAAGGAAUUUUUGCACCAAUCACAGGAAAUGGUCGAAUUAUUGUGAAUGAUAUUGUGGCUUCGUGUUUCAGUGAUAUCAAACAAGUCAAAUUCCAGAUGAAAUAUUUUAAGGUAACCCCAAGUUUUAAUUUUUAACUUCCAUUAUUUUCUUUUGAAAAUUCACUGUUUCAUGAUUUUAGAUCGUCUCAACACUUCAAUCAUUUAUGAAAUUGUUCGGCGAUUUUAUCUACAACAAAAUCACAAUUCCUAUUGGAAAUUCGCUAGCUUUCGAUUUCUUGAAAUUAAUUAUCCCUGGAACAUUUCAAUAG